AUGGCGGGCACACAACGCUACCUGCGAUACAUUGUUUUCGCCUUCGCUUGCCUUGUCCUCAUCUUCUUCAUCUCCUCUUCCUCCUCCGUUGGCCAGGGCUCUCUCAAGAGUCCCAAGGAGAUCCUAAAAGAACAGUCCGCAAACUGGCGAGGCUCACACCAAGACGAGGCCCACGAUUCCGAGAAGCCCACACAGGAUGCUCCUGCUAAAGCGUCCGCUACCGCUGGCACGACGCCAAAUACCCACGCCCUACCUCCCGCGACCGCACCCGGCGAGCGCAUGAACGCGACCUUUGUUACGCUAGCCCGCAAUGGAGACGUCUGGGAGAUUGCCCGGAGUAUCCGGCAGGUCGAGGACCGGUUUAACCGCAAGUUCAACUACGACUGGGUCUUCCUGAACGACGCUGAGUUCGAUGACACCUUCAAGAAGGUCACCACAUCCCUCGUGUCUGGAAAGACAAAGUAUGGAAAGAUUAGCACCGACCACUGGUCCUUCCCCUCGUGGAUCGACCAAGAAAAGGCCGCGAAGGUGCGCCAGGAGAUGAAGGAGAAGAAAAUUAUCUACGGCGACAGCGUCAGCUACCGACACAUGUGCCGCUAUGAGUCCGGCUUCUUCUUCCGGCACCCGCUCAUGCUCGAUUACGAGUGGUACUGGCGUGUGGAGCCGAGUAUCGAGCUGUUCUGCGACAUCGAGUACGACACGUUCAAGUUCAUGGCCGAGAACAAGAAGAAGUACAGCUUCGUGCUGAGUCUGUAUGAGUAUGUCGAGACGAUUCCGACGCUAUGGGACGCGACCAAGAGCUUUAUCGAGAAAUUCCCGCAGCAUAUUGCUCAGAGCAAUAGCAUGGCUUUCCUGAGCGAUGAUGAGGGCAAGACGUAUAACCAUUGCCACUUCUGGUCCAACUUUGAAAUCGGCAACCUGAACUGGCUGCGUUCAGACGCCUACAUCGACUUCUUCAACCACCUUGACCAGGCCGGCGGCUUCUUCUACGAGCGGUGGGGCGACGCGCCCGUGCACUCCAUCGCCGCGGGUCUCAUGCUCAAAAAGGACGAGAUCCACUUCUUCAACGACAUCGCAUAUUAUCACGUCCCCUUCACGCACUGUCCGACAGGCGAAAAGACGCGACUGGACAACAAAUGCCACUGUAAUCCCAAAGACAACUUUGACUGGAACGGGUAUUCUUGCACAGCCCGCUACUUCGAGAUCAACAACAUGCAGAAGCCAGAGGGGUAUGAAAAGGAGCACUCAUAA